ACAUAUUACAAAUACAAAUUGUACAUUACAAAGUGAGCUCUCCAGCCCUGGCAGAUCAUACAAACAUCUGCUAUUAGUGCGAGACCCUGGAACUUUCACAACGAUUGCAACAAAAUAAAAAAAAAAAACGACAGGAAAAUAUUCAAUAUUCAGACGGAAAAGUAAAUAUACAUACCGAAACGAAAGAUGAGCUCCUUCCUCAAUUACGUGUUUGGCCCGAAUCUCUUCAUGGAGUAUCGUGGGGUGCCGGAGCCGCAGCGCAAGAUGUACGAUGCGGGGGCCGCCGAACGUUUCGGUGAUCAAAUUCUGUCCACGCUGUCGGUUAUGUGGUCGGUCGGAUACUACACUUCUCCGCUGCUCGUCACAUUCCUGUACCGUCGCGGCUACCUAGUCGCAGACUCUAUACCGACGCUAGCCAAGAUUACCACUAGCCUGGGCCUCAUCGUCAUCAUUUCACUAGUGAUGCGCGGCCUGGGGCGCAAGCAGUCGCGCUCGUACUCCAACAUGAUGAAAGCCCUGGCGCGUGCCAAGGAAUCCAAGACGGCUGGCGGUGCAAGCAGCGAGCUGCGCCGCUUUGACAUCGAGUUUAAGGCUUGGCCAGUGGAUUUUGAUGUGAAGGCUCUUACUGGGGACACAAAGAAGCCGGUAGUAACGGCCAGCAGGCGCGAGCCGUUCCAGUUGGCCACCAUGCCCUGCGAGGUGAUUGCCUAUUUGGCCAUCAAAACCUUUGGGCUUUCCAUGAUCUAUCCCGGGUCCGUAAAGCUUUUGCAGAAAUUUAUGAGACCCAUGCUGAUCUCCGGACGCGCCAAGCUCAUCGAGGAUGAUAAUGGCAUCCGCUAUAAGGUUAAGACUAUAGACUCGAACGAAAUCGACACGUUGUUCAUUGACAACCGCAACGACAACGUAGGAAAUGGUAAGACCCUGGUCAUUUGCUCUGAGGGCAAUGCCGGAUUCUACGAAGUUGGAAUUAUGGGUACUCCCGUGGCCUUAAAGUAUUCAGUUCUUGGUUGGAAUCAUCCCGGAUUCGCUGGUAGUACGGGCACGCCGUAUCCACACGAGGACAAGAAUGCCAUCGAUGCUGUGGUGCAGUUUGCCAUCAAUAAUCUUGGGUUCUCAGUGGAGGACAUUAUCUUGUACGGCUGGAGUAUUGGAGGCUUUAGCACAUUGUAUGCUGCAUCAGUUUAUCCGGAUGUCAAGGGAGUGGUGCUGGACGCCACAUUUGACGAUGUGCUCUACCUGGCUGUACCUCGCAUGCCGUCUGGCCUGGCCGGAAUUGUGAAGGUUGCCAUUCGCAAUUACUGCAAUCUGAACAAUGCCGAAUUGGCCGCGGAGUUUAACGGUCCAAUAUCGUUUAUUCGCCGCACUGAGGACGAGAUAAUUGCCGAGGACAACCGCAUUGAUACCAAUCGCGGAAACUACUUGGUAUUGUCCGUGCUAAAGCAUCGGUAUCCCAACAUCUUUGGAACCUCUCAGUUAAACAAGGUCAAGGGGCUGCUAUCAAAGCCUCUGGAGCCGUACACUAUCCCAACCGCCGACGAGAAGCUCUGCAUGUCGCGCCUCAUCACUUACGCCUCCGAUGAGGGCAAGUCCUUCCCCAUGCACAUUGGAGCUGAAUACUCAGAGGAGGUGCGCAACCUCAUGGCUGUGUUCUUGUUGCGCAAGCAUUUACGUGACUACAACUCGACGCACUGCACCCAGCUACCCGGGGAGUUCUUUACCAUGCCCUGGGACAUUCCCACCGAGCACGGAUUCGUGUUCACCUAAGCCCGCCUACGGACUAUGGGUGUUAUUCCGAAGGGGUGAUGUGGCCGUGUAUGCUUAGACUUAGUGAAUUAUGGUUUUAGUCAUUUUGCACUCUGACUGCUUAUUAAAUUAUUCUAACUGGGAACAGCCGGGACGCUGACAUCUGGUGUAAAAUUGUCUCUUAUAUACGAAAUAAAUGUCACAAGCUAUAAACUAAUCA